CUGCCUCCUCCUGUCUCCCGCCACAUCCGCCAACGCCUGCAUUCGCGGCGUUCUUUUUGUUACAAUCACGGAUAUCUUGCCUGUUACGCCUCUGCGCAAUCGUCCACAGCCGCAGAAUUCGCUCGGCACGAAAGCGCCACUGCUUCCUGCGAUGUCUCAACCGGCGUUCUCGAGUCCAACGCCCGCGCCUGGCAGCCGUGCUAUCGCAACGAGUGCACUCCGCCGAGCGGGCCUCAUCGACCAGGAUGCAAAGAUGAGGGAUCUAUCUUCGGACAAGCCGGGUGGGCGUAAAGGUUCAACCCUCAAGCUGUCCAAGACGCGCCACCCACAUAAACCUCGCGGACUCGAGGCCGUACUUGGGAGAAGUACGCCUGCGUCAUCACAAACGGUAAAUACUCGAUGCUCCUCACCCUUUGCACACGUAGCUCCGCAAGUCGCCGUGAAGAGGACGGGCGUCGAGUUUUCGUUCCCCCCCUUGCCUGCCUAGCACGAAGCUCACGAGGUUCAUCCUUUCCAUGUACACUAUCAUCUGCACGUGUUUUGCCAAUGCAAACUAGAUUCCAACACGUCCCAACGACCCACGAAUGAAGAAGCGCAAAAAUGGGAUGCCGGCGCCUGUCACGGAGAAGGUCAUCGAGGUGUGGAAGGAGUGGGUCCGUAGGAGGUGGAAUCCGGAAGCACGGUUCCUGAACCUCGAACGCAUAGCGUCGGAUGACUACCUGAAGCGACAUCGCCUGACAUCACCCACCUCCGAUGCUGCGAAUAGAGAGGCCCAGGUCAUCUUCAAGAUUGCAAGUAAGCUGCGCCCGGAGAUCGAGACCAUUUCCCUCGCGCACAAUGGCUUAACCAGUGGGCGAAUGAUGUCCACUAUGUCACACUACCUGCCCUGGCUCAAGAAUCUUUCCUUGGAGGGGAACGAGUUCAGGGGCUGGAAGGAUGUCGACUACAUCUCCGGGAAGAGGGGCCGGCUCGAACAACUACGCGAGCUCAUCCUGGUCGGCAACCCGGUACGAGAAUUGGAGUAUAAGAACAACAGAGCCGCGCUCUACAAGAGCGAGGUUGCACGAAGGUUUCCAUCGCUGGAGAUUCUCGACGGAGAGCCCGUGGCGCGAGUAGGGUUCGACGCGCCUACCGCAUUGACCUCUGCCCCUCCACAAGCUCGCACGAUGUUGUCGACAUUUGCAUGGAACAUGGAACCAUCUUUUAUCGCCGGUGUUGAUGGCGGUCUGGUGGUUAACUUCCUUACGCGCUUCUUCCCCUCAUUCGAUAACCAACGUGGAGCAUUGAUCGACGCAUACGCGCCGAACGCUACAUUCUCCUUUUCCGCCAACACCAGUAUCCCACCCCGCGCUCGAAUAGAGGGCAUUCAUGUUUCCAAAGAAUUUCCCAAUCAGCGCAAGCUGGAGUGGGCCCCCUGGCUGACUGGCGGCAAUGGUGGCUCCCGCAAUCUAGGGAGGAUGAACGGUCUGCAGAAGGUCACGCAGUCGCUACACUUGGGCAGCCAGGAAGCGGUCAGGGCGAUGGCUGCCCUGCCCCCAACGAGGCAUGAAGUUGCCGGUUCUCCGGAGAAGUUCUGCGUCGACGCCUUCCCCGUACAACAAGGCGAGCAGACGAAUCUUCUCGUGACCGUGCAUGGCCAGUUCGCAGAGCUACCAUCCGAAGGUAUCCGGUCCUUUGAUCGCUCGUUUGUGUUGGCUCUUUCGCCGGAGGGAUCACGGGCAAAGCAAAGCGGCUGGGACGUCAUGAUCCUCUCUGACCAGCUCGUAGUGCGAGCGUACUCUAGCUACGAAGCAUGGAAGCCCGGUCCGAUGCGCGUCCAAUUUGGCGACCUCUUACCAUCCCCGGGAUUGCAGGAGGCUCUCGCACCCCUGCCGCAGCCGCAGCGUGGACGAAUGCAAGACGUCAUCCUACGCACGCGCCUGAAUCUCCAGUACGCUGAGGACUGCUUGAAGAACAACGACUGGGACGUCGAACGCGCCAUCGCGAACUUCGAGCGGGUCAAGGCGAACCUACCAGCCGACGCAUAUCUGCCACAGGAUGCGUUCCAGCCUUGAAUGAUUCCCCGCUAUGCCUCGGAUGGACUUAUCGGCUCCAGAGCCCGGCUGAUCAUUGUCGUUGAUCCAGCCAACGCCUCUUCGUGGCGUGGCUUGCCUCGUGUCUCUUGAUCGUUUCGUCGAACUACGUACUCUUCACAUUCCAGCCGCAUCCCUCCAUCAGCAUAUCUCGCAAUGUGUAACCUAUAGUCGCCUGCCAUGAUGCAUAUGAACCCCGCCUUGACAUCGCAAGUCGUCGUUAUCCGCUGCACACAUAUUGUUUACAGCACGCAGUCGCACGCAGUCCUCUCCCCCCUCAUAUAUCGAUAUUUCCCAACUCAUAGCACUAUUGUCGCUUGUAGCAUCCGGACACCGCGGA